GAGAGUAGAGUGUCAGCUCCAUUGUGUGCAGCAGUGAGAGUGUUGUGGGCACAUUAGGGGCUGGGGGGUAAUAAGUAGAGGGGGACUGGCUGCUUCUCAUUUCAGCUCAGAGACUCUGCCUGUGAUGUGAUGUCAGCUCAAUGCAAAGAGACAGUGAUCUCACUCUGAUCAAGGGACCUGCUGGGGAAAUGUGACAGCGACAUCUCACUAGUGAGUCGCAGCGGCAGCUCAACAGACGCACCGCCCAAGUGCGCAAAGGGACAGAGAUAAAUAAAUAAAGGGGCUGUGCCUCGUUUAAAUGUAAAUAAAGAGACUCGGACUAUGGAAAGUCGCUGAUUAAAUUGACUGGAGUCGGAGCUGCUGAGUCGCUGCAACUUGUCGCAAGGAUGUCUGCGCCUUUAGAGACGGUCAUGAGCCCCUGCCAGAGAUUGGACGCGAGGACUGGGGCUGCUGCUCCCCCCAAGAGCCUGGCUUUCUCCAUAGAGAGAAUUAUGGCCAAGACUUCAGAGCCCAGGGCUGGUGUGUUUGAAGCCAACCAAGGACUGGAGUCAGGCGCAAAGAAAACGCUAAAUGUUUGCCCCCCUGUGCCCUGUAUGAUCCCCAUUCAGUCUCUGGCCUAUGAUGUGAGCCCCAAGGCGCUGCUGAACUACUCGGAGCUGUGGAGAAGCAGCAUCAGGGGGUCGCUGUGUGGCCCCUCCGCUCUCUGCAAAUCCAACUGCGGAAUCUGCUGCAAAAACGACUUUAACUUGAGUCAGUCGCUUGCGCCCAGCGGCAGAGUCAUCAAACCUCAGGUCAUUAACCAAACUCUGGGGAUGCCCAGCAGCGGCUCCUUCUAUUACUUCAACUACCUGGAAUCUUCCUUCCACCCGCCUGACCUCCUCAACGGCCAGUUGCUCUCCUCCAGCCUCAUAAACGCUCAGUCGCAAGCGACACUUUCCGCGCAUCACAAACUAUUCCUGCUGGACAAUUCCAAGCUCUCUGCUCUGGCCGCCGACAAAUUCCCCAACCCACAGUUUCCCCAUAAAGAGAGACUCCCCGGCCAACUGGACCAGGUGAUGAAGGAGAACUCGGCCCUGACUGACAGAACCGGCAAAAUCCACAGUAAACUCAGCGCUAAUUCCGGGGAAGGGAAACCCAAAAUCUUCACUUGUGAAGUCUGCGGAAAGGUGUUUAAUGCCCAUUAUAAUCUAACGAGGCACAUGCCAGUCCAUACUGGGGCCAGGCCUUUUGUGUGUAAAGUUUGCGGCAAAGGAUUUCGCCAGGCGAGUACUCUGUGCAGACACAAGAUCAUCCACACGCAGGAAAAACCCCACAAAUGUAACCAGUGCGGCAAAGCGUUUAACAGAAGCUCCACGCUGAACACUCACAUCAGGAUCCACGCGGGCUACAAACCCUUUGUCUGCGAAUUCUGCGGGAAGGGAUUUCACCAAAAAGGGAAUUAUAAAAACCACAAACUGACCCACAGUGGAGAGAAGCAGUACAAGUGCAGUAUCUGUAACAAAGCCUUCCAUCAAGUCUACAAUCUGACGUUCCACAUGCACACACACAACGACAAGAAGCCCUUCACUUGCGCCACUUGCGGCAAAGGAUUUUGCAGGAACUUCGACCUGAAAAAACACGUCAGGAAAUUACACGACAACGUUUCAUCCUCUUGUUCCCACAAGGAAAUCUCCAGGACUGGACAGAGUUAAAUAAAAAAUAAAAAAUAAACAAAAAAAACACUGAAGCAGCUGCACUUUCUCUCCCAAAGUCGCACACUGUGAUAUUCACUACAAACUCAUUUACUUGGAUGGUUGAAAGAAAGGGAACCCCCCCACCCACCCAGAACCAACGCUGAAUUCAUUUGGGGGGAGAGGUCCAGGUUUGUAAACGAACACAGGACUUUAACACUUCCACUCUCUCUUAUUUUAUAUUUUUAUUCUUUUGUUGCGUUUGAAGAUUUUUUUUUUUUUUUGCAAUUAUGUUGGAGUAGAACUUUUAAAUUGUAAAUAUUUUCCAGGAAAAGUGAGAUUUAUAAAGUGGGUGUAAAUUAAGAAUCUACUGUACAGAGUAAGGAAUGACUUCUAUGACAAUAAACACGUUAGAAUGA